UAUAAAAACAACACUCUCCAUCUGUAAAUAAUCAGUAAUAUUUUCAAUCAAGCCGUUGAUACAAUGAAUAAAUCAUUUUUCAUACUGAUCGGAAUUAUUUUCACCCAGGUCCUCGCUAACGAACAUGAUUGGUAUCCCAAAGACCCUGGGGCGAUACAAGAUCAGUGUGCCGAAUCAAAUCCACUGACCGAUGAAAGUAAAGCUGAUUUGCUGCUAGGUUUAGUACAUUAUCAUCCAGAUUUGAUAGCGUAUAUUAUAUGCACAGCUAAAGGCAUGAAUUUCUAUACCACGGAAAAGGGAUUCGAUACGGAGAGAUUACUCUACGCUUUAGAUAAGAUGAAUCGGUUGCAUAAUCGCAACAUGGUGGUAGAUUGUGUUAAUAAAUACAAGGAAAUUAAAUCGGAGUAUGAAAUGGUCUACCAUGUCGCCAAGUGCUUGAAAGAAGGAAAUAAUGCGGAUGGUGAUGUUAAAAAUGAGAGACCAACAUAAUUUUCAAAAUAUUUUUUUUACAUUUUACGAAAAAAAGAAAAAAAAAAGUUAGAAUAAAUAAUUAUGUAGGAAAAUAAUGAAAA